UAAGUUUGACAUGCCGUAUUGGUUGAUUGAUGUAAAUGUAACUCUAACUUCCCAUGACGUCGUCAGGCGCCAACUGGAUCCCGAAAUCCUUGAAGUUGAAGCUUGAAGCUUGAAGCUUGCUUGAAGCGUGAAGCUUUGAAGUCUAACGUUCGAACAGCAACAUGUUGACAACUUGAACUCAAAACUUCUUUCUCUCUGCUCGAGCCAGACGAUCGACUCAACCAACCAACCAACCAACUAGCAACGGUCCCACACUGGUACUUCAGACCCGGCGCCAUGAGCGAGCCAUCUUCCGAGCAAGCAUGCCAAGCUGAAGCCUGUGAGCUUCAGGCGUGUCUCACCCGCAACACAUACAGCCCCGACAAAUGCGACGUGUGUCUGCGCAAAUUGUACAAGUGUUGCCAGUCCAUGUAUGAAAGGACCGAGGGCACAGGAGAGUCGACAGCCUGUCCCAAGCCGAGCGUCGUCCGCAGAUGGCUGAAGAACCAUGGAGCGAACGUAACGUAAAC